GCUUCCUACUGGAACAUGCUGCUCCCUUCUCUGCUUUUCUGACAGACAGCUUUGGGCGCCAGCACAACUACUUAAGAAUUUCUUUGACUGAGAAAUGCAACCUCAGGUGUCAGUAUUGUAUGCCAGAGGAAGGGGUUCAGCUGACCCCUAAAUCGGAGCUACUUACUGCUCAGGAGAUAAUCACCCUAGCCAGGCUGUUUGUGAAGGAAGGUGUAGAGAAGAUCCGACUGACAGGGGGAGAGCCACUCAUCCGUCCAGAUGUGGUUGAUAUUGUGGGUCAACUCUACAAGCUAGAAGGGCUGAAAACCAUUGCUGUCACAACCAACGGGAUCAACUUAGCCAGACUGCUGCCGCGGCUGAAGGAGGCAGGACUGAAUGCCAUUAACAUUAGCCUGGACACUUUGGUCCCAGCCAAGUUUGAGUUCAUUGUCCGGAGGAAAGGCUUUCACAAGGUCAUGGAAGGAAUCCACAAAGCCACUGAACUUGGCUACCGUCCUGUUAAGGUAAACUGUGUGGUGAUGCGAGGCUUUAAUGAGGAUGAGCUGCUGGGCUUUGUGGAUUUCACAAAGGAUCUGCCCCUUGAUGUGAGGUUUAUAGAGUACAUGCCUUUUGAUGGCAAUAAAUGGAAUUUCAAGAAGAUGGUGAGCUACAAAGAAAUGCUUGAUACAAUCAAACAGCGAUGGCCUGAAUUGGAGAAAUUGCCCUGUGAAACUUCCAGCACAGCCAAGAGUUACAAGGUGCCACAUUUCCAGGGUCAAGUCAGCUUUAUCACCUCCAUGUCAGAGCACUUCUGUGGGUCCUGCAAUCGGCUGAGGAUAACAGCAGAUGGGAACCUAAAGGUGUGCCUUUUUGGGAAUUCAGAAGUGUCCUUGAGAGAUCACCUACGGUCGGGUGCCUCAGAGGAAGAGUUGGUUCAAAUCAUUGGAGCAGCAGUGGGCAGAAAAAAGAAACAGCAUGCUGGCAUGUUUAACAUUUCUCAGAUGAAGAACCGGCCCAUGAUCCUGAUUGGUGGGUGACAAAUCAAGCCUGCAUUGAUGUCAUUCCCACUAUGCCAAGAUGCCCUACAGAACCUGCCAAAUUCAAGACAGUGGGGCCACACAUUUAGCCAUCGGCUGACUUUGAGAGCAAGUUUACCCAUACAAAUGGGAAAAGCAUUAAUGAAAAAGAAGCUUACAGGACAGCUUUUCCUGCCAGGAUAUCACCCAGAGUUUGAAAAUGAAAACUAAGAUGUACUGAGUAGUAAUAAAAGAAUGCUUUUGGGCAUGUGAUUCUUUGGCUUCUGAGAAGUUUGCUGUCGUGCUGUAAAGCUCACACAAAGGAUUCAAGAGCAUCCCAGGGACUGCAGAGUACCUCCACGACUGACACGCACAUCUCGCUACGGACGCACACCUCACUGCUCCCUUGGGCUGAGAGGGGCUGGAAGCUUUGGGCAAACACAUUUUGGUGCCAUUUUGUGCUCAUUUUACAUUAUCCAGUCU